CCUUCAUCAUCAUCACCAUCGUCCCCCUUCCCCUACGCCGACUUCGUAAGUGUCUACGCACAAGCGUCACAUCAUCAUCGUCAUCAUCUGUUUUGCAAGGGAGCAGACAGAAUUGCGUCUACAUGCGCAAUGCUCCUCGCAGAGGGAUAGGAAGGAGGGGAAAUAAGGGAGGAAGGACUGGUGGGCAGGCGCAUACACAGCGAAGCAAUGUCGUCUACGCCUUGAUGAAGAGAAUAGAAGGACGGCCUCAUUCGAGGGAGAUCAGGAUGAUAGAAGGGCAGGCACGAGGGAAAGGGAGAUGAGAGCAGACCUCGCAGCCACUUGGCAGCCGGUGGGACACGCCAGCAUAGGUUCGCUCAUAUGCUGGAGUUCUUCGCCCACCUCUCGAUGUGUUGUGCUUCAUGACCCUUUGCACAACGUUGAGCCGUAUAGCUGACACGAUUCACCCCCUCUCUUCCUCACCGCACAGCAUCAUGAAGCUCAACUUCGCCAACCCCGCUACGGGCGCUCAGAAGAGCUUCUCCAUCGACGACGACCUCAAGACCCGCGUCUUCUGGGAGAAGCGCAUGGGUCAGGAUGUCGCCAUUGACCAGCUCGGUGACGAGUUCAAGGGCUACGUCGUCCGCAUCGGCGGUGGUAACGACAAGCAGGGUUUCCCCAUGAAGCAGGGUGUCCUCCUCCCCAACCGUGUCCGCCUCCUCCUCGGCGAGGGCCAGUCGUGCUACCGUCAGCGCCGCACUGGUGAGCGCCGCAGGAAGUCGGUUCGUGGCUGCAUCGUCGGCUCGGACAUCCAGGCUCUCCACCUCAUCGUCGUCAAGCAGGGCGACAACGAGAUCCCCGGCCUCACCGACGCCGCGUCCACCGUCGACAAGCGCCUUGGUCCCAAGCGUGCCAACCACAUCCGCAAGUUCUUCAACCUGUCCAAGAAGGACGACGUCCGUCAAUUCGUCAUCCGUCGUGAGGUCACCUCCAAGAAGGAGGGUGCCAAGCCUUACACCAAGGCCCCCAAGAUCCAGCGUCUCAUCACUGGUCAGCGUCUCCAGCGCAAGAGGCACCUGCGCUCGCUCAAGAAGAGGAAGACCGAGGCACAGAGGGAGCAGAAGGCAGAGUACGACCAGAUUCUCGCCAAGCGCACCGAGGAGAAGAAGCAGCGCUCGUCGGCCGCCCGUGCCGCCCGCGCCGCCGCCCGCAAGGCUUAAGGAGGAUUUCGAGUUAACGGGGGUCCCUAGCAUCAUCGCAACGUCGGCGGCUAGAGGCAAAAGGGUUGGAGCCUGGCCUUGAUGUACUGUCGUCGACGAACGUGGUGGCACCGGGACUGAUGCAGCGAGGGAGCACGCCUCUUUCUCUAGUCGUUGGUCCACAUCCCCUCUUGUCCCUCCCCCUUGUCCUUGAUUUGAUCAUCACCUUGUAACACUUUUCUCUCCGUCAGCUCAUCACCGUGAGCUACGACCACGCACGCCAUCUUCAUCAUAAAACCAGGCUCAAUCAGAAUUGUCGACACAAUGCUG